UCCCCGCCGCCUCGACCAGCCCCGCGCCCUCUCUGGCUGAAGCCGGGUGACAAUCCCGAAAUGACCCCCUCAUUCCGGCCAGCGAAACCGGCUGGGACCCGUAGUUGUCUACCGCGAGGCGAGCUGGGAUUUGUAGUUUUUAAGUGUGGCCAACUAUUCUUUUUCUUCCCUUCCUUCAGACUCUCCUGGGGGAACCGGCGAGACUUUUCCGAGGCAGAACGGCGAAGUGGGUGACUGGGCAUUCACUCGUUUCUCAUGCCGACCCUGUUAAGCACUCUCCCAUCAGAACAUCUUCAGUUAAAAAUUGGAACAGAGGAUCUGGGCUGCUCCCAGUUCUGCCAUUUACGUGGACACCAUGAAGCAGCUGCCAGUCUUGGAACCUGGAGAAAAGCCCAGGAAAGCAACAUGGUACACCUUGACUCCCCCUGGAGACAACCCCUGUGCUCGAGUUGGCCAUAGUUGCUCAUAUUUACCCCCAGUUGGCAAUGCCAAGAGAGGGAAGGUCGUCAUUGUUGGAGGAGCAAAUCCAAACAGAAGCUUCUCAGAUGUGCACACCAUGAAUCUGGGGACACAUCAGUGGGAUUUACCCACCUGCGGGGGCCUCUUGCCACGGUACGAGCAUGCCAGCUUCAUUCCCUCCUGCACACCUGGCAACAUCUGGGUAUUUGGAGGGGCCGACCAGUCAGGAAACCGAAAUUGUCUUCAAGUUCUGAAUCCUGAAACUGGGACUUGGACGACACCAGAAGUGACCAGCCCCCCACCAUCUCCAAGAACAUUCCACACAUCAUCGGCAGCUAUUGGAAACCAGCUGUAUGUCUUUGGGGGUGGAGAGAGAGGUGCCCAGCCUGUGCAGGAUGUGAAGCUGCAUGUGUUUGAUGCAAAUACUCUGACCUGGUCACAGCCAAAGACAUCUGGAAGUCCUCCAUCUCCCCGGCAUGGUCAUGUGAUGGUAGCAGCAGGGACAAAGCUCUUCAUCCAUGGAGGCUUGGCAGGGGACAAAUUCUUUGAUGACCUCCAUUGCAUCAAUACAAGUGACAUGAAGUGGCAGAAGCUCAGUCCCACAGGGGCUGCUCCAGCAGGCUGUGCUGCCCACUCAGCUGUGACUUUGGGAAAACAUAUAUAUGUCUUUGGAGGAAUGACUCCCACUGGAGCACUGGACACAAUGUACCAGUAUCACAUAGAAAAGAAGCAUUGGACCCUGCUUAAAUUUGAUACUUUGCUGCCCUCUGGACGUUUGGAUCAUUCCAUGUGUAUCAUUCCAUGGCCAGUGACAUCUACUUCUGAAAAAGAAGACUCAAAUUCAGUUUCCCUAAACUGUGAAAUUGAGAAAGGGGAUUCCACCGACAGAGUGGCACAAUGUGGCAGCUCACCUGAGGAAGGUCGGAGUGACAUACUGCUCUGUUUUGUGUUUGGUGGUAUGAAUACAGAAGGGGAAAUCUAUAAUGAUUGUAUUGUGACGGUAAUUGACUAAAAAAAUGUUUGUUACUUUCAUAAAAGUUAAGUGAAACCUUAACGGUUUUAUGCCUUCAAAAUAUUUUCUGUACAAUAUAUCCAUCUUGCUUUUACCUAGUUUGGUAAGUAAAGAAACAACUAGACAGCCUAACACAGAAAGUUCCAUUGUAAAAAAGGUUUUACCAGCAGUAAAACCUAGGUAAAAAUGAGCCUUGGUGGCAAAUGUCUGUAAUCCCUGUGACUUUGAACCUCCCAGGAGGCUCAAAAGUUCGAGGCCGGCUUGGGCAACUCAGUGACUCCAUCUCAAAAUAAAAAAGGGCUGAGGAUGUAUGUAGUAGCUUAGUGGUAGACACCCCUGGGUUUAAUCCCCAGUACUGGCAGGGGUUGGCGGGGGGGCUGGUGCUAAAUGAAGACAAGUCACAGGCAUUAGAGUAGACAUUUACCAGUUGAAGUUCUUGCUAAUAUUCAUUAGUUGAUCCUUAUAGAGAGGGGCAGACUAUUUGAUGCACAGUAGUGAUAGCCUGUGGGGAUAGGUCACUUUUAACAUUUGAUUAGGCUUGGCCUGCAGACCUUCUCUUACACUAUAGGCCUACCCAAAUGCUUUUGAGACAAUGCAGAAGUAUAAGCCUUAGUAUUCAGAAAAAAUUGGUGUUGGGCCCAGUCUACCAUCCUUAGCAAGUUAACCUUCCAGCUGGUUACCCCUCUACAUAAUACUUAUCCUUGGGCAGUCUAGGAUUUCAUGUUAGCACCAGACAAUAAAGAUGGCAUUUAUUGAGCAUACUUACCACCCACCUAAACCAUCCCUUUUCUCGAGAAGCCAACUCAAAUAGUCCUAAGACUAACACAACCACAGCCUUUGUCUUACAAGUGGGACAGUUUAGUAUUUGGCUCACCAUCUAGAUGCUACCCUACUACCACUGAAAAUUUUCAUUAAGAGAUACUAGUGUAGCUGGGCUCAAAGUACAUCUUGUUUACCUUUUAAGAUUAUAAAAUGAGUCCAACUAAGUGGCACAGUGCAUGCUUGGUUAAGUGCAAAGCCUUGGAUUUGAUCCCCAGCACCACAAAAAUUAAAAAUAAAUGAAAAUCUAAGU